AUGAUGAAUCAAGUUAAAAAAAGUCAAAUAAAUAAGGAAGGUCGUGAUUUUCUUAUUAAACUUGAUUAUCCAUUUGGUAACGAUAAAGAAUUAAGUCCAACAAUUGUUUUUCUUCGUACACCAAAUGAAUUUAAACAAAUUGUUGAAAAUAUUUCAAAAGAAUUUCUUGUCGAUUCAGACAAUUUUCAAGCUGGUGAUCAAUUCCUUGUUGCAUUUGUUAAUAAUCAAAAUGAAAUUAAUAAAACAAUAACACGUUAUGCAAGUCGUAUAAGUGAAAAUGGAAAAUUCUGGUUUAUAACAAAUCGAUAUUCAUUAUUAAAUGAUGAAAAUAAUUUUCUUACACUUAUCAAUUCACAAUUUAAAUGUUCACAACCAUUAGUUCAAUUUAAGAAUAAUUAUUACGCCAAAUUAUUUCAAUUAAAAGAUAAUAUAACAAAUAUUGCAAAUUUACAACAUUAUCGAACACGAAAGCGUGAAGCGAUGCGGCAAAAUAUGAAUAAUGAAAAACAAACUUCAAUACGAUUAAGUCCAAGAGGAGACAAAAAUUUUCUUAACUAUUUUGCAAACGAAGAUCAAUUAUUAAAAACAAAUCUUAUGGAAAAAGAUGCAAAAUAUAUACCGAAAGGAAGUAAUAACUUAAAUGUUAUACAAUCAAAACAUAAUCUAACCAAUGUUUUAAUUAAAAAAAAAUUUUGA